AUGCCGCUAUUUGACGCCAUCGAGAGCGAUGUCACGGCCUUCUUUGUGUCACAAGGAACAGUAUUUGACUCACUGGUCAAGGCCUUCAUGGACCGCAUGGCCGUGGUCGAGUCCAGCGUGGCGCUGCUGCACACAGACGUCACCAACAACUUCAACUUGGUGAACCAGCGCAUCGAUGCCAGCACAGCACAAGCACAAGAGAUCGCAGCAUCGACGGCAGCGAAAGCCGCAACUGCAGCAGCAACUGCAGCCGCUUCCGCAGCACUCGCUUCCCUUCCGCCACCUCCCGCCGCUGAGGUAUCCUUAAUUACAACACCAGAUAAUGUGAAGGUCGUGGAUUCUGGUGGUGGACGGAACGAAGAGCUCGAGUACCACAUCAUGACGCUAUCUCGUCAAUUAAACAUGGUGCUGGAGGUAUUGUUUCAGCCGCAUGGAAACAAUAACGUCGUAGAUGUUGUUCAGGCGAAGCAGACACAGCUGCAGUCGAUCUCGGAUGUCUUGACGGAGAAUGAGGCUAUAUUGAUGCAGCUAGCAGCACAACACGAUGAAGGAAAAGUUGUACAUUUCAAUCCUGGCGCCGAGAGUGGAACGAGUGAUAACAUGUCCGACAUAGCAUCGGAUGAAGCCACACAAGUAGCGAGAAACCAGCAGCUAGUACCAGAACAGAAGCCUGUGUCGGAAGUUACUACUGUUCCAAGGCCGACAACAUCUUUGAAAGAAAAGGUUCAAAAGCCACAAUCCCCUCCGUCCGAGACCAGCACUCUGCCAUCAGUAGCAGCUAAAGAAGCUCGACAAGACGUGGAUCAGCAAGUCCCUUUGCCCACCCCCGAGCCUCACCUUGAUGCUGCCAACAAAGAGCAAGGGGUUCCAUCACUCAACAAGCCAGACAACCAGAUCACUGAGAAUACACGCGAUGAACAGGAUGAAGACAGCGAUAAAGAGACGGAUGAAAUCUCUUCCGAUUUACUUCCAUUCCAGCUACUGCCAGAGGCUUCUCGUCACCGAAGAAAGAGUUUCUUCCAGAGUUGCCAGGAUCUGCAGCGUCAAGAAGAAGCGAGGCUGCGCGAACAGAAGCGGCUCGAAGAAGAAUUAAUGCGUCGGAUGCACGAACUGCUGCUUCAAUCACGAUCUCAUCGUCAACAGGAGCACAUGGAACAGUGGCGAGCGCAACAAAACGAGGUGACACAGAACCAGCAAACAAUGAUCUUUAAUCUUCAAAAUCAGCUGCAGGAACAGCUUCAGCUUCACCAGCAACGAGAGCAGGAGUGGUGUCGUCAACAAGAAGAGCAAAGAAUGGCAGAUAUUGCUACGAUACAGCAGGAGAUUGAUCGGAAAUGGGAGAAUCUCAACAGUAUGGCGGCUACUGCACAGAGCAUACCGAGUCAGGAUCUUACUCAAGUAAAGCAGCUCAUGGACGAUUUAGACAAGAGGUUUGUAUCUCCAGACGCGUUGCAAGAAGCAGGUGCUUUGUGGCUCAAGACAGCAGCAGACAACUGCAUCUAUGGAGCAAACCCAGAGAUCCUCUCCAAUCUUCAUCGAGACCUUCAGGAAUUUAAGUUCCAACUCAACUCCCACCCCGUGAAAUCUCCUGCAGUCUCAUCUCUCCACGAAGCAGUCGAUCGAGCCAUCCAACUACUGCACCCUGUGACGUCAAGUGAUAAUAUCACGACAGGAACUGAACAGGAGAACACCAUGUAUACGCUGCGACAGCUCCUCGCUAAGGUUGACACGUCAUAUCGAGCAGCAGCUACGGAACACGAGGAGUUCCCAUUGCCUGCUGUCGUUUUCUUAGCGGAGGCGAUUCACCGAAUGGAAUUGGGCACAGCAAACCUGUUGGAUGCCAUUGAUUUCCAACAAGAACACUUCCAGCAGACGUUGAGUCAACAUCAAACGGGGCUCGACAAACUCCAGAAAGAGCUCUGGAGACAGCAAGAGGUUGAAUUGGGUCUUCGAACUCAAUUGGGGGCAUGUCCAAGCCAAGAGGACACAUUACGGCUUGUUCAGGAUCUCCGCGAUCAGAUCGCGGCUACAACUGCAGAUUCUGCAUCGAAAAUGUUAGACACAGUAGAAGAUUUACGCUACCGCAUGGCAGGGCUUCCGAAUGCUCAGAUGCUCGAACAGCUCGCCAGCGAUCUGCACGCCAAGACUGAUCGCCUUACGCUUGAGCUGGACACCACUGCUGGCAAACUUAGCCACGAUUUACGGCAGAAAGCUGAUCGAUCCGAGAUUGAUCGUCUGCAAAGUCUUGUCCAAUCCAGCAACGGUGUUCAUCUACCUCCAGCAUAUCUUACGAAAUCACCGUUAAAGUGCCUGUCAUGCGACCAGCACCUUCCGUUCGCUCAAGCUCCCCUAGACGACAACAUGGCUCCCAAUCUGUCACCCAAACCAGGUUCUCCCACCUCUCAACGACCUGGUUCACCACCUCGUUCUCCUCCUCGUACUUCACCACGCCCGAUUAUUUACCACAACCAACAGUCCCAACAACUAACGUACCAGGAUCAGCCGUACUCUGGAAGCUCUCAGUCCUCCGAUGUCUACAAUGACCUUGGCAUCAACAUGGAAAUACUGCAAGAAAUGUUUGCGGCCUCAACCUCAGCGUUGGAGAGACGACGACGACAGCGACAACACUUGCAGAUGCAGCUCUUGUCUCCCCAACCGGAAAGCACCAACGCCUGGGUUGUUCGAAACCCCACGUACUUGAACAUCGACGACGGCCGAAACCGGAUCCCACUACGUAAGGUACAGCUCUCCGACCAGGUAAUUUAUGGACCUGCCAUCACUCCGAAUGCUUUCCGCAAGAAACAAUUGGGUCGCUCCGAUGAGUAA